UACUAUCCUAUGCAAGCUCCUCCUCGCAUAAAAAAAAAACAAAAACACUUAACGAAGAAGAACCAAAACUCAUCUCUUCACGCUUCCACACUCGUUCUUUCCUGUACCAUUAGAUCUCUCUCAUAAGAAUUUAAGACAAGUUAGAGAAGUAGUUAACUUCUGGGAGAUGGUGAGAGACACACUGCUUCUGUUGUGUCUGCUAGUUUCCACUUGUCUCUUCACUUCUUCAUCUGCCCAAUCUCCAGGCUUUGUGAGCUUGGACUGUGGAGGUGCAGAGCCAUUCACUGACGAACUUGGACUUAAAUGGUUACCUGACAAUCAUCUUCUCUUCGGAGCAACCGCUACCAUCUCUUCCCCUAACCAAACCAAAACUCAGUACACUACUUUAAGACACUUCCCUGCUGAUGAUUCAAGAAAAUACUGCUACACUCUCAACGUCACAAGCAGGAGCCGUUAUCUCAUUAGAGCCACUUUCCUCUACGGUAACUUCGACAGCAACAACGUGUACCCCAAGUUUGACAUCUCCCUAGGAGCCACUCACUGGACCACCGUUGUUAUCUCUGAUGCUAACGUUAUUGAAAAGGCAGAGCUUGUGUUUCUUGCUUCGAGUCCUAGCGUUAGUGUUUGUUUGUCUAAUGCAACCACAGGGCAGCCGUUUAUCUCCACACUCGAGCUUAGACAGCUGAAUGGCUCGAUGUAUCUCACCGAGUAUGAAGACAGUUUUCAUCUGAGCGUUGCAGCGAGGAUCAACUUCGGUGCAGAGACUGAAGAUUCCGUGAGGUAUCCAGAUGAUCCGUACGAUAGGAUAUGGGAGUCUGAUCUGCUGAAAAAGGCUAACUAUCUUGUGGAUGUUGCUGCUGGGACUAAGCGAGUGUCCACCAAAUAUCCUGUAGAACCCGCUGGCAAUGACAGACCGCCGGAGAAGGUUAUGCAGACGGCUGUGGUGGGGACAAACGGGUCCUUGACUUACAGGAUGAAUCUAGAGGGCUUCCCUGGUUACGGUUGGGCGUUCACUUACUUCGCUGAGAUUGAGGAAUUGGCUGAUGACGAGUCGAGGAAGUUCAGAUUGGUUCUACCUGACCAGCCUGAGUACAGCAAAGCUAUUGUUAACAUAAGGGAGAACACUCAGAGAGGUUACAAGGUUUAUGAGCCUGGCUACUAUAACAUAACCCUUCCUUAUGUGCUGAACUUCCGUUUCGCCAAAACGGCUGAUUCCUCCAGAGGACCUAUUCUGAAUGCCAUGGAGAUUAGUAAGUAUCUUCAGAAGAGUGAUGGCUCAGUAGAUGCGACUGUUAUGGCUAAUGUAGCAUCUCUAUAUUCUUCAACCGUGUGGGGACAAGAAGGUGGAGACCCAUGUUUACCUUCACCGUGGUCUUGGGUGGUUUGCAAUUCGGAUCCACAACCAAGAGUUGUUGCCGUAAAGCUCUCGAAUAAGAACUUGACAGGAGAUAUACCUUCUGACUUGACAAAGCUGACCGGUUUGGUUGAGUUAUGGCUUGAUGGGAACUCUCUAACGGAUCAAAUACCAGAUUUCUCUGGGUGCACAAACCUGAAGAUAAUACACCUCGAGAACAACCGAUUAACCGGAAAGAUCCCUUCCUCUUUGGCUAAACUCCCAAAUCUGACAGAACUGUACCUGCAGAACAAUAUGUUGAGUGGGAGAAUCCCAUCAGGCCUCAAAGGCGUGGUCUCGAACUUCACUGGGAACUCUAAUCUUGGAAAAGGUGAAGGGAAGAAGCUAGGUGUCAUCAUUGGUGCAUCAGUUGGUGCUAGUGUUCUUCUUAUCGCCACAGUCUUCUCUUGCAUCUGGUUGUGCAAAGCUAACAAGAAUAGCAAGAGGAAAACUUCAGCUGAGUUUACGAACCGUCCCUUGCAUGUUCAAAGAGCGUCGUCUACACUUAGUGAUGCUCAUGGAGACGGUGGACAAUGCUUCACACUUUUUGAGAUGGAGGAAGCCACCAAAAAGUUUGAGAAGAGGAUUGGUUCAGGAGGUUUUGGGAUUGUGUACUACGGGAAAACACGAGAGGGGAAGGAGAUUGCGGUUAAAGUUCUUGGGAAUAACUCUUACCAGGGAAAGAGAGAGUUCGAAAACGAGGUUACAUUACUCUCAAGGAUACAUCACAGAAACCUUGUGCAGUUUCUUGGUUAUUGCCAAGAAGAGGGUAGAAACAUGCUCGUGUAUGAGUUCAUGCACAACGGAACUUUGAAGGAGCAUCUCUACGGAGAGAGGAGAAUGAGUUGGAUUAAACGGCUUGAGAUAGCUGAAGAUGCAGCCCGAGGGAUCGAGUAUCUACACACAGGGUGUGUUCCAGCGAUCAUACAUAGAGAUCUCAAGACAAGUAACAUCUUACUAGAUAAACACAUGAGGGCAAAGGUUUCAGACUUCGGUUUGUCCAAGUUCGCAGUUGAUGGGACCUCACACGUCUCCAGCAUUGUCCGUGGCACAGUUGGAUACCUAGACCCCGAGUACUAUAUAUCGCAGCAGUUAACGGAGAAGAGUGACGUAUACAGCUUCGGAGUCAUUCUUCUUGAGCUUAUAUCAGGCCAAGAAGCCAUAUCUAAUGAAAACUUCGGUGCCAACUGCAGGAACAUAGUCCAAUGGGCCAAGAUGCAUAUAGACAACGGAGACAUCAGAGGGAUCAUUGAUCCAGCACUAGCUGAAGAUGAUUACAGUCUGCAGUCAAUGUGGAAGAUCGCAGAGAAAGCGUUGCUGUGUGUGAGGCCUCACGGGAACAUGAGACCGUCCAUGUCAGAGGUGCAGAAAGAUAUCCAAGACGCCAUAAGGAUUGAGAAGGAAGUGUUGGCCGCGAGAGGAGGGUUGUCAGACGAGUUCUCUAGAAGCUCUGCGCAUUCGCAGUCUUCGUCUCUGAUGAACAUGGGAACGACGCAUGACUUGGCUGGUUCUCACAACUUUGUCUCCAUUGAUGAGUCUGUCUUGCAGCCAAAAGCUCGGUAGUAGCAGCAUGAUUUGGCUUUUUUUUUUGUACAGAUGCUUCACACUUUCACUCAUGUUUUUUUCUAUACUAUUAUUAAACAACAAA